GCUCUGAACUACAUCCAUUCUCAGACUUUGUUUUUGAGACAGGUUCUCAUCAAGUUUCCCAGACUAGGCUUGAACUCAGAAUCCUCUUGCCUCAGCCUUCUAGAAUGCUGGGGUUAUAGGCAUGUGCCUCUAUGCCCAGCUAUCAUUGGUUCUUAAGCCUUAGUGGGUAGGAAUUUGAUGAGAGCUCUGGGUCUUCUCCCUGGAGAAAUGCACAUAUGAACACGUAUACACAAUUUUGUUUCUGAUUUCAGGAGGCUUGUGGAUCCUGGAGUCUUAUUCCUAUACCCCAGGCUAAAAAUUAUUACUCCCAUUACCUGUCUAUGGUCCUUUGAGACAGGGUCUUGCUAUAGAGAUCAGGCUGGAUUUGAAUUUACUUUGUAGCCCAGGCUGGCUUCCAACUCAUAUUGAUCCUCCUGCUUCAGCCACCUGACAGCUGGAAUUACAGGCAUGCGGCGUCAUAGUAGAAUUAAUCAAAAGCAAGAAAAUGGCGGGAAGAGCUGUCCUGUUGGCAGGACCUCCUGGAACUGGCAAGACCGCUCUAGCUCUGGCCAUUGCUCAGGAGCUGGGAAGUAAGGUCCCUUUCUGCCCAAUGGUGGGAAGCGAGGUUUACUCUACAGAGAUCAAGAAGACGGAGGUGCUGAUGGAGAACUUCCGCAGAGCCAUCGGACUCCGGAUAAAGGAGACCAAGGAGGUUUAUGAAGGUGAAGUGACCGAGCUGACGCCGUGUGAGACUGAAAACCCUAUGGGGGGGUAUGGCAAAACCAUCAGCCACGUGAUCAUAGGGCUCAAGACUGCCAAAGGCACCAAGCAGCUGAAGCUGGACCCCAGCAUCUUUGAAAGUUUGCAGAAAGAGCGAGUGGAGGCUGGAGAUGUGAUUUACAUCGAAGCCAAUAGUGGUGCCGUGAAGAGGCAGGGCAGGUGCGACACCUAUGCCACAGAAUUUGACCUUGAGGCUGAAGAAUAUGUGCCCUUACCGAAGGGGGACGUGCAUAAGAAGAAGGAAAUCAUUCAGGAUGUGACCUUACAUGACUUGGAUGUGGCCAAUGCACGGCCGCAGGGUGGCCAAGACAUCCUGUCCAUGAUGGGCCAGCUGAUGAAGCCGAAGAAGACAGAAAUCACAGACAAACUUCGAGGGGAGAUCAACAAGGUGGUAAACAAGUACAUCGAUCAGGGCAUCGCGGAGCUGGUCCCGGGCGUGCUGUUUGUGGAUGAGGUCCACAUGCUGGACAUCGAGUGCUUCACCUACCUGCACCGCGCUCUGGAGUCCUCCAUUGCCCCCAUUGUCAUCUUUGCGUCAAACCGUGGCAACUGUGUCAUCAGGGGCACUGAGGACAUCACCUCUCCACACGGCAUCCCUCUAGACCUCCUGGACCGUGUGAUGAUCAUCCGGACCAUGCUGUACACACCGCAAGAGAUGAAACAGAUCAUUAAAAUCCGAGCCCAGACUGAGGGGAUCAACAUCAGUGAGGAGGCACUGAACCACCUGGGUGAGAUUGGCACCAAGACUACGCUGAGGUACUCGGUACAGCUGCUGACCCCUGCCAACCUGCUGGCCAAGAUUAACGGGAAGGAUGGCAUCGAGAAGGAGCACGUAGAGGAGAUCAGUGAGCUCUUCUAUGAUGCCAAGUCCUCGGCCAAGAUCCUGGCCGACCAGCAGGACAAGUACAUGAAGUGACGUGGCCAAUGCCCACAUCCACCCUGGGAGCCAUGGUGUGCUGUGCUGUCGUGUGCUGAAGGCUUGCUUUGUUAUCAUUAUUCUCCUGUGGUUGCUUUGAAGAAACUCUACCUUACCUGAUGUGUUUGCUAAUAAAAUAUUAUAGAUUAUUUUUGUGAUA